AUGGGGGACCAGGUCGCAAUAGAUGUCCACUCCGACGAAGAGCGGAAACCAUCAUUAUCCGCCUUGGACGCGGAUGAGCAGGCCUCUCGUCGGACGAUAAAGAUCAACCCUAUACCGGAAUACGGUCCAAAGCAACCGAUGCCCGACCACCUCGUUGAUAUCCUCGACGAAUGGCACAAGGAGAAUGGUCGUAAGCUCCCGCCGUGCACAUAUAAUAACAGCAAACCGUGCACGAACAAAUGGAAGGUCUUUGACCGGGAGGGCCGGGAGUUGGAACUUUCAAAAUUCGACAUCCUCUCGCCGUGCGCGUACUCGGUCCUCGUGCUACAUUCGCCUGACUUCCCGCAGAAGCUGGUCAGAAGCCGUUGGCCGAACUGGACGAAGCACGGAAGUUUCCUGGUCGCAUGGCGGGGUGUGAACAAUGGAUUCGAGGCCAAAUGCUGCGCCAUUCGUAAAUUCGCUCCGGCACUGAAGGACAUCGUUUAUUCUCGGGAUAUCUGGAAAGUCACAGUCCCCGAUCUGGACCCAGAGGGUGAGGGUAUCAAGAAGAGGCACCUGUCAGUGGCCACGGCUCCACCUCAGCCGCGCGUACAGAACCGGGGACAAGAGCGCGAACGAGAAAAGGAGCCGGAAAAGAGGAAGAGGGAGCACCGCCUCAAGCGCGAGGUUGCGACCAGCAAUCCGAGCUCUGGGGAUGCUUCAGAGUCAUCUGAUGAAACAGACUCGUCGGCAGAGGAAUCCUCCGACGCUUCAUCAUCGUCCGAAGAGGAGGAAGAUGGAAACAUCACUGCACCAAUUGUCAAGAGGCGCAGGCUCCAAGAACAAACAUCUAAUACUCUAGCGAGGACUCGCAAGGCGCCCAACCCGGCCAAGGUGACUUUCAAGCUUGUCUCCUAUAAGUCGGGCGCUAUUCGCGCCUUUCCCCUAGAGGAAUGUAAGACCGGGAGAGAUCUCUUCGAAAAGGCACGGAAAUUUUUCCGACUAUUCGACAAGAAUGUCAACGUCACGAUUCUUUCAUGUCAGAUUUCGUCUGAGCGUGCGCAACAUUUUCUUUUCGGCAGCGAGGGUGAAUUUGAGCUUCUCAUUAAACACGCCAAGGAGAGCAAGAGCACAGAAGAUGGGGUUACCAUCGAAGUGAACCAUGUUUUAGAACCUUGA